AUGGGUUUGGGAGAAACAUCACUCAAAUGGAGGUGUUCUUUUUUCCUGAUGUUUAUUGGAUUCAUCUGUAUGAUCGCAGCUAUUGCAUCCACCAACUUUGCUUAUGCUGAAUUGAUUCCAAACAAACUAAAGCACAUUGGAUUCUGGGACAUUUGCGAUGACACCCAGACUUUCAGUUGUAUGGAUAUGAUUGUGUUUAUGACAUCCAUAGACAGAGGAACAGACUGGGUCUAUGGGUGUAGAGCCAUGGUUGUCCUGGGUCUGAUCUUGGAGUUUGGAACACUUCUGACCUCACUGUGGAUGGCUUACAUGGCAUCAGGUAUUCACAUUGGCAGUCUGAUCACAGCUAUUGCAGAUUUUGUUUCAGUUAUCGUGAGCCUUAUUGGAGGACUUGUUUUCACCUUCAAUGCUAUCGAUGUCCUGCAGGAGACACUGGAAAUGGAUGCUGACCCAUCGUGGUCAUUCGCUGUGUUCCUUUUUGGCCAGAGCCUCUUCUUUCUAGGUGGUGUAUUGCAGGUUUACGAAGCUUGCACUGCUGACUAG